AUUUCGAAAUAAUUUGUAAAUCUGUGUAUACUCAAUUAUGGGGAAUACUCCGACUCACUAUAAAAGACGCUUUUCUGGAGACGUUUGUGGCAGACUCCCUAACUCAACACCACCUGGUGUCAGUGUUACUAUCCCUCCACCGAAAAAACGAAAUACUCAUAGUUUGACAGAUUUAUCACGUUCUGCUCCAGCCGAUUAUCCUAAUAAUGAAAUGUCAGUAAAUGACGACAAUGUUAGUCCUAAUGACAAAGAUGCAAUCUCAAUUGAUGAAGCUACGUCAAUGAUGCGAGCUACCAGUCUACGUGAACCUAUCAAUAUAAUCGAUGCUCAUGAUAAUCUUGAUGAUAAUAAUCGGUUAUACAAUGUGCUACCAUCUGACAAAAUGGUAACGUCAACAAUUUCUAGUGGUGAUGAGAAAAUUUCCAAUUUUCUUCAAGAAAGACCAUCUAGUGCAGGUCCAUUAUAUUCAACAGAUGAACAAAUAAUGUAUAAGCAUAGUCAACCACAAAUCAUUUUAAAUAAUGUUUCAAGAGAUCGUGCAAGAACUUUGCCAUCCAGAAAGUUGGUUGGCUUAAAACUUCCUACUGUUUUUCGAUGGAAUGGUGGUGGUAAAGAUAUAUAUAUUAGUGGAACUUUUAAUAAUUGGGAGAAAAGAAUCCCUAUGGUUAAAAGAAACUCAGGAGUUUACGUAAUUAUUGGUUGUAAACCUGGUAUUCAUCAAUAUAAGUAUUUCAUUGAUGGGGCAUGGUAUCAUGACCCAACUAAAAAAACGGGGUCUUUGGCACAAGAAAUUCAAAAAGCUAGAGAGCAUAUCAAAACAUCCUUGGAUCGCGUUGCUGUAUCCCGACCUUUCGACGUUGGACGUCUUGAUGAACUUGAAAAACUUGUUACAAGUCUUGUUAGUCGCAUAUCAGAUCUGGAGUCACGCAUAAGCACUAUGAAGUUGAGUAAUGAUCCUCAUGAUGUAGUUGAAGAAAAAUCAGAUUCAGAGCCUGAUCUAUUUGGUUCAGACAGCGAGGAGGAUAAAGAAGCUGAGCGUAUCAGGAGUGAGAGAGAAGCCGAAUACCUUGCAAAAAAAGCUCUAAAGCCUGUUGUGGCGGCAAAGUCAAGUAUCACCCUUGAUGUGAAACCAUGGGAUGAUGAGGUAGAUAUGGAAGAACUUACCUCUUUGGUGAAAGGUAUUAAAGUAGAUGGCCUUUUAUGGGGUGCAUCCAAAUUAGUGCCCAUCGCUUUUGGCAUAAAGAAGCUCCAAAUCUGUUGUGUCGUUGAAGAUGACAAGGAUGUGCAGAAAAUAUACCAAUAAUUAUCAUGUUAAGUCUAAUGGUGGCCUUGGACUUUAAAUGUACACUCCCUAUUGGUCGAUAUUUAUUUCACUUGUUAAAUAUUGUACAAAUGUUGUUUUCUGUUUUAUGGUACGAUGUGGUCUGGUUGAUUGGUAUAUACAUAGAGUAUGUCUGAGGUAUAAUGACU